AUGGAUAUCACCAAGCUCGUCGUUUCCGGCAGGGACUCAGCGCUCCUCUACGGAGAUUACGCAACCUAUCAGAACCAGCUGGCCAAAAAGCUACUGAACAGUCGCAAAAAGCUAGGUAUUGUCACCAAGAACCGCGGCAAGUUCAACAAGAAAGGCGAUGUCGCUGCUUCUCAGAUCGCCGAGAAUCAUGAGUAUAUCCACCUCCUCCUGCUCACAAGCGAGCGCGCCUGGGCCAAUGCUAUGGCAAUAAAGUCGUCGCACACGUCGGAUGCGAAGGGCGUCACUGGCAAGACCCGGUCACACAUUGUAUCCCGGCUUGACAAAGCGGCAAAGACCGCGGAGCAUCUUGUCGAACUGUUGUCUCAGCCCGAAGCUGGCGCAACUCGAAAUGACAAACUCGAAUCGCGAGCCUAUGCUGCCCAAAUUCGUGGCGCCGCUCAGUUCGAGAACCAGCACUGGGAACCUUCUUUGAGAAGCUAUGCCGUUUCCCGUGUCAUCUACAGCGCGAUGGCAACCUCCACUAAGGGCGACAUAUUCAAAGACCUUCUCUCCGACACUAUUGACCCGUCAAUUCGCUAUGCUGCUUAUCAGCUCAAGACGCCCCGCACAACACCAAUUCCAGCCAUCGCGAGACGGGCCUUCCCUCAAUCUGAUGCUGCCCUCGUCCAACAAAUUAACGAACUCGAUCCCAACCUACUCAAGCAAGCAGACGGUGAGGCCAACAAGGAGGACAGUAGUGCAGAGAAUGCACCCAGGACCCUCACGUGGCGCUCACGCGACGUGAAGAUUGAAGAUGCGGCAAUCUCUCUCGCAUGGGGUAGGGUUGAAGAGGCCAAAUCUCAGCUGGCACAACGUUGGUCGUCUCUCGCUCAUGCAGAGCCCAAGAAUGUUGCCGCAGCUUAUGAUGGCAUUCUUGAAGCUACUCAGGAUGCUGCUGACGCAACCAAGGAAGCGAUCGACGAGUUGCGCGGAGAAGGUGUGUCCCAGAGUGACUCUCGCAUGCAAAGUCUACAGAUCACUAGAACUGCCGUCAACUAUGAAAUGAUCAGCUGGCGCAUUGGGCGGAACCGUGUGUUGACAGGAAGUGACGACGGCCUCAUUGCAAACUAUGGCUUAUCUCACAAAAAGUCCAACAAGGACACGACGACUAACAGACGCAAGGAAGAGACGCCCAGUCGUAAAGCAGCUAAGCUGAAGGAGCUCGUGGCUCUAUAUGAAGGAACUUUACAGAGUUUGGACGCUACGAAGGAGCUGCCUGGUGUUGCCAACGAUGAAGAGCUUGCGGAACAGAUCGAAGCGUUCGCUAACUACUUCCGUGCCUUGAAGUCUCUGUCAAUUGCUCGCUCCCACGCCAUUAUCGGUAACACAGUCAAUGCCUUGGCUCUCAUCAAACACGCGUUUGGCGAAUCUCAGGAGGCCGUUUCAACCCUUACCAAGGGCACCCAGAGUGCAACCAGCUCUCCUCGCAACAUCCAUGUGCUUGGUAGAGACGCUCAGAGGCUGCAGGAUUUCCUUGAGGGGGAGCUUCAGCGUCACCGCGCGCUAGUUCACUUGUCCAAUUUGCUCAAGGACGCAGGUUCCGGUGAGGAUGACACUAAGUUCAUCCCGUUGAUUGAGCGACUGCAUGAGUACCCUUCGAGCGGAGUCGACCUCGGCAAUCUUGUCGCCAUCCCACCCAAGUUGGCAACGAUUCCCGUUAAGCCUAUAUUCCUCGAUGUAGCCUGGAAUUACAUCGAUUAUCCUGGCAAAGACACUCAAGAAACUGCACCGCCAAGCAAACAGCCUACGGUUGACAGCGAGGUCAAGUCGGAGCAGCCACAGAAGAGGGGAUGGUUUGGAUUUGGUAGAUAG